AUGUCGGGCCCUAUCGAUCCAGAGACCAUUUACACCAAACAAGGAUGUAUCGGUGGUGGAAGUUUUGGCAGGGUCUACAAAGGAGUUGAUAAACGGACGGGCGAAUCUGUCGCAAUCAAGAUCAUUGAUGUUGAAAAUGCCGAAGAUGAGGUGGAUGACAUCAUCCAGGAGAUCGCAAUCCUUUCGGAGCUCAAGUCACCUUACGUGACUAAGUAUCACGGAUCGUACUUGAAGGGUUCCCACCUUUGGAUCGUCAUGGAGUAUUGCUCGGGUGGCAGUUGCCACGGCCUAUUGGUGCCCGGACCAAUUCACGAGGAGUACAUUGCAAUCAUUAUGCGGGAGCUUUUAAAGGGCCUUGAUUACCUUCACAGUGAUCAAAAGCUUCACCGAGAUAUCAAAGCCGCAAACAUUCUUCUCACUGCAAGCGGCCAGGUCAAACUCGCUGACUUCGGUGUCUCGGGCCAACUAUCGGCCACUAUGACCAAGAAGAAUACCUUCGUCGGAACGCCUUUCUGGAUGGCCCCGGAAGUCAUCAAGCAAUCAGGCUAUGACUACAAGGCGGAUAUCUGGUCUCUGGGUGCUGUUCUUGAUCCCCAAAAACCCCCUCCCACUCUGAAUGGCGAUUUCAGCAAGCCAUUCAAGCAAUUUGUGGAGCUGUGCCUGCGCCGGGACCCUAAGGAACGUCCCUCCGCAAAGGAAUUGCUGGAGCACCCUUUCAUCAAGCGUGCUAAGAGAACCACAUACCUCACAGAGCUCAUCGAGCGCAAGGAACGCUGGGCAACUUUUACUCGGCUUGACCCAGACGCAUUUGACGAUUCCGAUGAGCCAGUCCAGGAGAAGACGGAGGAAAAUGAAGAUCUGUGGGACUUCGGCACCGUACGCCCUGCUGGAAGAGCAGCUGCCUCACACCUACAGCCGCUGAAUGACUCGGACGCUGGCUCGCGCACCCCGGAAACUGACGACUGGGACUUGGAUGAUGAGCCUACUAAGCAAACCUGUGCACCUCACAGCGCACUGCAGCAGACCAAAUCCACAACCCCCACUGCUGAUUUCUCUCCCUCAAAAACACCACUUCCUCCCUCCGCACAAUCGUCUCCUCUGAAGAAAGCAGCUUCCACACAGCCUGACCUACACGCGUCACCUUCACGCAACCCUCGCCCUCUACCAAAGCUCACUUCAGCCGAUGAGAAGUCAUCCACGAGGAGUCAAGACGAGCGACGCAAAGCCUUGUUGGACUAUAAGGCCACGAUGAGCUACUCGAGCGAUUUAGUGCCACACAAGCCAGCUCCUUUGGCAGCUGUAUCGCGAUCGGCGAUGCCCGCAAAUCCUCUCAACCCCACGAUUCCCGAGCCACCCCGCUCUCCUACAAGUCAGGUUGCCAGAAAGCCUGCACCACUCCAACGCCCGCUUCCGGAUGCUCCUCUGAGCCCGGCGCUGCACAGGCCAUCAUCCCAUGCAGGCCUGCAACAACAGCCGGAGGCGCCAGCCUCCCCAAAGCAAAUGUCUGGGCUCAAGUCCAAGCUUGCGCCAUCCAGACAGGAUGAGCGAUUCGUGAGGAAGCCAACGUCAACCCAGAGCCCUCACAUGAACGACCGGCCCAGGCAGAUGCUAACUGCCCCUACCCCAAAGGCUGUCGCUGAAAACGAGCGACCAACAGCCUAUGGGUCCGUGAUCGUUCCUGCUCUUCGCGCCGCGAUGAAUCGCCGCGGCCGUCAGCUAGCCCGCCUGGAGCCCGGGCGAAACCAGAGUGACAGGGAGCCAACCCCUGAAGAAGAGAAAGAUUGGGAGCGAAGUGUCCAGAUUCACCGGGGCAUGGAGCAAAUGGCCGAUGAGAUCGCCCAAUCUUUCGCCAACCUUCACUGCUGGGAUGCAGAGGCCCCGGUGCAGAUGGGUGGCGGCGUCGACGCUGUGCUUGACGCCUUCCUGGAAGAAGUCCUGGUGCGGCUUCAGCCCAACUCUCUGUGA